AAUCCACUUAAAGUUACAUUUCCUCUAUUAACAACAAGUUUGAAGAGCUCCUGCAUAGUGCUAUUAUUAAUUUAAAACCAUCUUUAUGGAUUCUACAAUGAAAUAAAAUUCCCAUGCCUCCGGCAAGGCCCACACAAACAUUUAGCUGUCUAGAUUCAGGAACUGUUUGAGAAAGCUAGUGAAUCAUAAUAUUCUUGCCAAGUCAAGUUCAGCUGAUAACUAAAGAAAUCAUGGACUCUGAUCAAUCACUCCAAAAUUACCAGCCACCAACUACAGGGUAUGCACCUGCUCCACAAAACUUCAAAAAUGAGGAUCCACUCCCUGAUAAACCUCAGGAUGGUUAUGGAUACACUCCUAUCUCUGAGCCUCAAAAACAGACAAACAACAGUGCUAUUGUUGUCAUUUCUCAGCCAACUCCUACAAUUGCUACUAGAUCUGUCAUCAGUCGUGAUCUUGAUGAUAGUCAUCUGAGACUUUCUAUUAUCUGCAUUAUUCUUAGCUGCUUUUGUGGUACCUGGCCUGUUGUGUUCCUCUUUUCUGUUCCAGCCUUCAUUUUCUCUCUCUUGGCUCGUCAUGCUGAAGCUCGUGGGAACAUUCGCUGGGUUCAGAUUUAUUCUUGCCUCGCACUUGGUUGCAAUAUUGUUGGACUAGUCUCUGGUGUUAUUUUAAUUUUGACUGUUAUUAUUCUAAUUAUUGUAUGGUAACAUGAUUCCAGUACAUGCUCUAUUCAUUUUAGCUAUUACAAUUUUUAAUCAAAAAUUUUAAAUACCAUAUUAUUUUGUUAGUUUUUAUACUAGGCUAGGUCAAUUGUUCUCUGUAAAAUCAA